AUGCGUAGAUCAGGCAUCUGCCUGCCGCUGCGCUCCGUGCUGCCGCGGGACCGGGCCUACCUCGGCGCGCUGCUGUCCUUCACGGCCGUGGCCUUCCUGGUGAUCUGCGCCUGCUACCUGCGCAUGUACCAGGCCGUGCGCGGCGGACAGGACGCCCGCGCCGCCAUGCAACGCUCCGACGUGACGCGGUGCGCGGUGCAGGUGGCCAAGCGCAUGACGCUGCUCGUGCUCACUGACUUCGCCUGCUGGGCGCCCAUCGCCUUUUUCGGCGCCACCGCGCUGCUGGGCGCGCCGCUCAUCGACGUGCCGCGCACCAAGAUCCUCCUCGUCUUCUUCUACCCGCUCAACGCGUGCGCCAACCCCUACCUGUACGCGCUGCUCACGCGCCAGUUCCGGAACGACCUGCUCAACCUCCUCAGCCGCUCCAAGCUGUUUGCGUCGGGCGCCGCCAGGUACAAGGGCGCGGCUGGCACGACCCCCCGCGGCUCCUCGCGGCGCGCCGACGGCGCCCUGAGCGGCGGCCCCAGCGCGCGCGCGGUCGGCCCGGCAUCGGCCUCGGGGCUGCUGCCUGCCGCCGGGGGCCGCCGGGACGACUCGACCGAGCUGGAGCUCGUGCUGGUGGAGCAGCGCGCGCGCAACGGCAGCCGCAGCGAGGGCCGCCUCCACGUGCCGCCGCACAUCCUGGCCGACAGGCUGUAGGGCACGCUCGCCCCCUCCCCCUCGCCCUAUGGAAGGGCGUCGUAACGUGACGCCGAUAGAGUGAACUGGUUUACAGCCGUAGGCCCCGUGACUUACUUCUGCCGUCGGGCAGAAGACUCGCAUUUGAUCUUUUACUUACCACGUGCCACGUUCUUUUGCAGUCUCGUUUGUGUACUUACAUUCACCCAGAAAACAGAAGGCAAUGCCAAAAUAUGUUCUUACUUUGGGGGCCUGCUUUGAUGUCAACGGGAAAGCACGCGCUCUUGGCGUUGGCUUUCCUUUGAUGCGAAAUAUCUAGGCGACUGGGAGCUCGACCUGACCGUCGAGCUUUACCCCAUGUUUUUAGUACAGCAAAAGAUCAACAACGUGUUUUUUUCGGGGUGAAUCAUUCCUCCCCUCCCCCUCCCUCGCCGCAAGCCGGCUCGUUUGGCGCCAAUUCCGUUCCCCCUUCUUGCAUGCCUCUUCUGACCGCUUUAUGCUGCUGAUGAGUGAAGGGAACUUCUCAUACCUGGCCUUGGCGCACGGCUCCGCGGUUUGUUGAAACGGAAGGGAGGAACCCGUAGCUCAUUUCCCGCGGUCCCACCCCUUGUGCGCUUGUCGGGAGAGAGAGAGAGAGAGAGAGAGAG